UUCAAUAACAUAUGCACCAUUAAAUUAAUUAGUAGGAAACACCCCUCAUAAGUUCCUCUCCACUAACAAUAAUAGCACCCCUAGUCAAAACCAAUUUGUCUAAUAAUUAAAAAUUUACCAAAAAAUGCGUGUCAAAGAGGGAUCCGUGAUCAGUACAACGGUUAAGUGUCGGAGUUUAAUAAACUGUUUAAUUAAGAGAGCGUUAGUGGCGCUGGGUUAACUUGGGGCGCAGUGCGAGCCGCGCGCCCGAGCAGGCACCAUGCUGCCGCGACUGGUAGCGCUGGUCGUGCUGGCGACCGCCGGGAGCGGGACGCAAGCGCGCCCCUUCAAUAUCACACACCUCAUCGUGCCCGAUGUGGUGCCGCCAGGACAGGCAGAGGUCGACAUCGAGUGUCGGUACGACGCCAACUUCACCCUCUUAAGCUGGUUUAAGGGGCACAACGAAUUCUUCAGGUACAAGCCCGGUGCCGCUCCGAGUACCCGAUCCUUCCCGGUCCUCGGCAUCGGCAGGAUCGAGAUGGUCUCCUGUGGGCCGACGGCCUGCCGCCUCAGACUUGGUGGACUUACUGAAGAUGCGACUGGACUGUACCGAUGUGAUAUAGAGAGGGAUGUACCGCCGUACAAAUUCGAGACACGAACAGCUCGUAUGGAAAUCCGUGGACACGAGCAUAGAAGACCUUUACUGGAAGGAUUGGCGGAGGAGUACGGAGAAGGUGACUUCAUACAAGCAUACUGCCGCGGUGAACCCGACGCCGAGAUUCGCUGGUACGUCAAUGGAAAGGAAGACGAGGAAAUGAGAGGAUCAGCAGCGUAUAAGCGACAUGCAACCAGAUUUUAUUUCAUAGGCCUUCCACCUACUAUCACAAUGCAAUGCGCCGAGUUCAUCUUCGGGAAGUUGGCAGGGUCCAAAGAAUCCAAGGCCCGGUGGAGAGAAAUGGCCCAUAUCAGGAGAGAAGACCACGUCGAGCACCAUAAAAACGGCAGUAAUGUUUUCAGAUAUCAUUUAAGUUUUAUGUGUAUUUUGAGUUUAAUUUCCUAUUUCUAAUUUUAUAUUUUAUUCUCAUGUUGUUGUGAAUAUUUUGAACCAAAGUAGGUAUGUUAAGUUUUCGGAUUUCAUCGCUUUUCCGAUUUUUUUCGUAACCGAUAUAAUUUCCAGUAUUGUAAGCAACAAAAAGAUUAAUAUGUAGUGAUUAAAAGCGCUAGAAUAAGAAAAUAUGUGAUGGUGAAACAUGGCAAUCUAUUCAGAUGAAUAUGGAUAUGCAGAUGCAUAGUUUUAUAAUUAUAUAUUAUCACUUGAAAUAUUGUUCCUAAAUCCAACCAAGAAAACCUUAUAAAUACCUAUACAAUCGUUAUUAUCCUUUAAUAGCCUGUUAAUUUUAAAUAAUAUGUAAGAAUUACAAACCAGUUGUUUACAUUAUGAAACACUGUUCCAUUAGAUUUACUUAUAGUCAAUAAAUACUUAAUUUAAGAAAGUGUUGUAAAGGAUAUUGUUAUUCAUGAAGUAGCAAUUGAUUCAUAUUUGUUGUAAUAAAUACAUUAUCUACACAUUUA